AUGACAAGUACCACAGCUGGUUUCGAACAAGUCACAACAAACAUAAGUGAACCUGUAUCUGAUAGCCCGGAUGUAUGGACACCGGAAAUAGUUACUACUGUAACCACGGUGAUGUUUAUAUUGGUGGUAACUCUUGUUGGUAACGGUCUGAUGAUUGUGCUUCUUUUAUGGAAGAGAAGUAGAAGGGUUAAAAGAGUAAACAUCUUCAUGACAAACCUUGCAAUUGGGGAUUUGGCGGUCGCGUGCAUCACCAUGACGACGGAGAUUCUUUUCGUUGCAUUUGGAGAGUGGGUACUCGGUCCGGUGUUAUGUAAACUGACCGUAUAUCUGCAAGUGGUCACUCUGGCCAGUGCUACUUUCCUCCUUACGGGCAUGAGCAUUGACCGCUACCAGGUCAUCGUCCGGCCAAUGCAAUCACUUGCAAACAGACCCAAAAUAUGGACGAAAGUUGCGCUGGCGUGGACGCUUGCCUUGAUAUUCGCAGUACCACAGCUUUUUAUUUUUAAGGAGGAACGCGUCACAAGAAGUGACGGAUCGACCAAACUUAAAUGUUUAAGUCAUGGAUACGAUCACCCUUGGCAACGUAAACUUUAUUUCACAUUUUUUUCAUCGUAUGUUUUACUCGUUCCUUCUGUUCUCAUGUUUUAUUGUUACUAUAAUAUCGCCAAAGUAGUCUGGAGUCGAGGCUCUAGUAUAAGGGGGCGUAACUCAUCACCAAGAAUGUCCGGCAAACGGAACCUUAUAUCAGCUUCACGCAUGCGCGUUGUGACAAUGACGCUAACAGUGAUUAUCGGAUUCCUUGUUUGCAUGAUGCCGUACUUUGCGAUUUCUUUAAUACGUAUCUAUAGUGAUUACAAAUUCCAACUUAAACAAGCUCUAAAAGUGUCUGAAAUUAUUUUCAUGGUUCAUAGUGCUGUGAACCCCGUAUUUUACGCCAUCUUUACGAUGCAUCAAUGCCGGUGUAACACAUUAAGCUGCCCAUGUAGACAGAAAAAGACCAAGCUCAAAACUACUUCCGGUCCUGGAUCAAAAUGCUGCAAUUACAUGGCUACAUUUCAAUCCUCAGGUUCAUAUGGAAACAAAGUCAUUAUAGCGAAACAUUCGAUGAAUGCAGAAAAGUCCCGAACGAAAAAGGAUACUCGACAUUCUACUAUAAUAAUACCAAGAGCCUACGUUAGGGAAACGAAAGUGAACUAUCGAUUUGAGAUUGGUAUAAACGUGGAAGAACGGAAGGGUAGUGAUCCCAAUAUGGACUAUUGUUACGUAGAAUGUACAGACAGUGCUUCUUUCAUCUGA